AUGGUCCUCGUCGCGUCCGAGCCCAUCUCCGCCGGAGGCGAGAUCAGGAUCGACUACGAGGGAGGAAGCUCUCGCGCAGGCAGCGGCAGCACCGCGUAUUGGGGCGCGGAGACGGGGAUGGGUGAGCCGCGCGAAGACGGCGCGUGGCGUGCCGCUGUGGUUGACGGUUUGGCGCGGCUGCAGAGCGCGGCGCGCGCAUCGCAGGGCGGCGAGGACGUCGAUGCGGCGUCGGCCGUCCUUGCUUGCUCAGUGGCGGACGAGACAGCGGCACCGCUCCCUUGGGGUGGCGAGCGAGGGGGCGACGCGCGCUUGCGGCUGCUGGUGCCGAGUCUAGCAAAGAAGUUGGCCGGGCUGCGAGCGCGCGUCGCGUCCUGCCAAUGGGGCAUCGUGGCGUCGCACUUGCCUGGACGCACCGGCGCCGAGUGCCGCGAGCGGCGGGUUCUCAUCUUCCUCGGUCCAUUGCUGCGCGGCUUUCUGCACGAUCGGACACAGCGGGUCUCGCUUUAG